AUGGAGAAGCACACGAUCCAGAUCGCUGUGCUGGCCCUGUUAUCUGUACACCUCCUAUGCUCCGCAACCAUAGCACAAUGCCGAACCAUUGCGGCUGGCAUGGACAACGACGAUAUCCAUGAAGAGGACAUCGUAUGUUGCCACAAAAAGUGCUCCUUCUUUCAUUGUUGUGCCUGUUGUACUUAUACUGACUGGUGCUACACAAGUUUCGAGAGGUGCAAUAGAAACUGCCUGGUUCCCUUAUCGCAUUCUGAUGAAGUGCUAGCCGCGACGCCGGUGACCCCCGAAACUGUGGCAACUAGGUCUGCAGUACGCACGGACGGCUUGAUGAGAGGCAUCAUCCCACAAGAGUUCGGCAAUUGUCGUGUGUAG